ACAUGUGACUUCGAAUGUACGUCUGGUAAUCUGUUUCCUCGUACGUAGAAGCCCAUGCUUCCUUCUCAACAUAACUAUGAGGCAUUGCUUUGAUCCAAAAAAAAAAAAAAAAAAACUAUGAGGCAUUGCUUUGGUUUCUCCUUAUCUUUUAUCUAUCUUAGCACAACAAUAUAUUAGUUAAUUUUAUUUGAUUAUCCUGAUAAUGCUUACUAGCUACCAAAUUUUGUCCAUUCGAUUCAGAGCAAUUCUUGGAUGUGACUAAUUCGUACGUCUACCUAAUCUCAUCAUAACCAUUGGGAAUUGCUUGGCUUUCUCCUAUAUAUAUAGUCUCAUCUGACGAAGUUAAUUGGCACACCCACACUUCUCUGACUUGCAAUCGAUUACUUAUUGAUUUUUAUUCAGGGUCACCGUCGUUAUGUGGAAGUUGAAGAUAGGAAAGGGAAAUGGUGAGGAACCGCAUUUAUUCAGUAGCAAUAAUUUCGUCGGACGUCAAACAUGGGAGUUUGAUCACCAAGCCGGCUCACCAGAGGAAAGAGCUUCCGUCGAAGAAGCUCGCCGAAGUUUCUUGAUCAACCGUUCUCGUGUUAAAGGUUGCAGUGAUCUCUUAUGGCGAAUGCAAUUUCUAAGAGAGAAGAAAUUCGAACAAGGCAUACCGAAACCUACUAAAAUAAAGGAGGAAAUAACGUAUGAAACAACGACAAAUGCAUUACGAAGAGGCGUUCGUUACUUCUCAGCUUUGCAAGCCUCCGACGGCCAUUGGCCUGGAGAAAUCACUGGUCCGCUUUUCUUCCUUCCUCCUCUCAUAUUUUGUUUGUACAUUACCGGACAUCUGGAGGAAGUAUUCGAUGCUGAACAUCGCAAAGAGAUGCUACGGCAUAUCUAUUGUCAUCAGAACGAAGAUGGUGGAUGGGGAUCACAUAUCGAAAGCAAGAGUGUUAUGUUCUGCACCGUGUUGAAUUACAUAUGUUUUCGUAUGCUUGGAGAAAAUCCUGAACAAGACGCGUGCAAACGAGCUAGACAAUGGAUUCUUGACCGUGGUGGUGUGAUUUUUAUUCCUUCUUGGGGGAAAUUUUGGCUCUCGAUACUCGGAGUUUAUGAAUGGUCUGGAACUAAUCCGACGCCACCAGAAAUCUUGAUGCUGCCUUCUUUUCUUCCAAUACAUCCAGGGAGAACUUUGUGUUAUAGCCGGAUGGUUAGUAUACCUAUGUCUUACCUAUAUGGGAAGAGGUUUGUUGGUCCAAUAACACCUCUUAUUUUGCUCUUGCGCGGGGAACUUUACUUGGAAUCUUAUGAAGAAAUCAGUUGGAAUAAAACUCGACGUCUAUAUGCAAAAGAAGACAUGUAUUAUCCUCAUCCUUUGGUUCAAGAUUUGAUAUCUGACACUCUUCACAACUUUGUGGAGCCUUUUCUUACACGUUGGCCAUUGAACAAGCUUGUGAGGGAAAAAGCUCUUCAGCUGACUAUGAAACACAUACAUUAUGAAGACGAAAAUAGCCAUUACAUAACCAUUGGAUGUGUUGAGAAGGUACUGUGCAUGCUAGCUUGUUGGGUCGAAAAUCCUAAUGGAGACUACUUCAAGAAGCAUCUGGCUAGAAUUCCAGAUUACAUGUGGGUCGCUGAAGAUGGAAUGAAAAUGCAGAGCUUUGGAUGUCAACUGUGGGAUACCGGAUUUGCUAUUCAAGCUUUACUUGCAAGUAAUCUCCCUGAUGAAACUGAUGAUGCAUUAAGGAGAGGACAUAAUUACAUCAAGACAUCUCAGGUUAGAGAAAACCCUUCAGGUGAUUUUAAGAGCAUGUACCGCCACAUUUCGAAAGGAGCAUGGACAUUUUCUGAUCGAGAUCAUGGAUGGCAAGUUUCAGAUUGUACAGCUGAAGCUUUAAAGUGUUGCCUACUUCUUUCCAUGAUGCCAGCUGAUAUCGUUGGCCAGAUAAUAGAUGAUGAACAAUUAUAUGAUUCUGUUAAUCUCUUGCUAUCUUUACAGAGCGGAAAUGGAGGUGUCAAUGCGUGGGAGCCUACCCGUGCAUAUGAAUGGAUGGAACUGCUCAAUCCUACAGAAUUCAUGGCUAAUACCAUGGUCGAGCGGAAGUUUGUGGAAUGCACCUCAUCUGUUAUACAAGCACUUGAUCUAUUUAGAAAGUUGUAUCCAGAUCACAGGACAAAAGAGAUCAACAAGUCCAUCAAAAAAGCUGUGCAAUUUAUACAAGGCAAACAAACAGCAGACGGUUCAUGGUACGGAAAUUGGGGUGUUUGCUUCAUUUACGCUACUUGGUUUGCUCUUGGAGGUCUAGCAGCAGCUGGUGAAACUUACAACGAUUGUUUAGCUAUGCGCAAAGGUGUCCACUUUUUGCUCACUACACAAAGAGAUGAUGGAGGUUGGGGUGAAAGCUAUUUAUCAUGCUCCGAACAGAGAUACAUACCAUUAGAAGGAGAAAGAUCAAACAUUGUGCAAACAUCAUGGGCUAUGAUGGCUCUAAUUCAUACGGGACAGGCUGAGAGAGAUUUGAUUCCUCUUCAUCGUGCUGCCAAACUAAUCAUCAAUUCACAACUUGAAAACGGGGAUUUUCCUCAACAGGAAAUAGUAGGAGCGUUCAUGAAUACAUGCAUGCUACACUAUGCUACAUACCGAAACACCUUCCCCUUAUGGGCACUCGCGGAAUACCGAAAAGUAAUUUUAAUUAAUUAAUCAUCAUUUACUUAUUUA